AGAAAUACUAAAAAGGUUUUAGAAGUGUAUGGAAAUUUGCAAUAAAUUGCUCCUAUCUGUUCAUCUAUAUUCUUCAUCCUUCGAAAUUCACACCAUUGUUGUGUCCUCUCUUCAUUCUUUAACAGACUGAUGAUCAAUUUUGUGUAGAGAGUGGCAGAGAAUCUUUGUAUCAUAGUUUGAUAGCAGUGAUUUUUUACAAUAAAGGAAUAAAGAUGGGUUCCUCACAAAAUGUCAAGAACCCUUUAAAAAGAAGCUUUGAAAGCAUGAAUUCCAUGGCUAGAAUAACCAGUGAAGCCAUGGAUGUUGAUAAAAAUCAAAGCUUGAUGCCAACAAGCUACCAAGUUGAGAUUUUUGAAGUUGCAAAGAGGAGAAACACAAUUGCAGUGUUGGACAGUGGUGCUGGGAAGACCAUGAUUGCUGUUAUGAUGAUCAAAGAAUUAGGCCAAUCUCUCAGGCUUAAUGGUGAAAAGAAAUUAAUAAUUUUCUUGGCUCCUAGUGUCCACCUUGUUCACCAGCAAUAUGAGGUAAUAAAAUGUCACACAGAGCUUGAAGUUGAGGAGUUGUUUGGGGCCAAAGGUGUUGAUGAUUGGCAUAAGGAGACCUGGGAGAAAGCAAUCAAUGCACAUGAUGUUAUGGUUAUGACGCCCCAGAUUUUAUUGGAUGCUCUGAGGAAAGCUUUCAUGAGUCUGGAUGUUGUAUGCUUAAUGAUUCUAGAUGAGUGUCAUCAUGCCACUGGUAACCAUCCUUACACAAAAAUAAUGAAGGACUUCUACCAUGAUAAAUUUAGAAACAAGCCAAAGAUCUUUGGUAUGACUGCAUCACCAGUAAUUAGGAAAGGUGUAACAUCCACCAUAGUCUCUGGGCGGCGAAUAUCAGAACUUGAAAGUCUUUUGGAUUCCCAGAUUUAUGCAACAGAGAACAGGGCAGAGUUGGAGGAAUCUGUCCCUUCUGCAAAAGAUGUUCGUAGAUUUUAUGACCCUCCAUCAUCAAAUUUGGAAUUGGAAACAUUGGAGGCAGAAAUUGAGCAUCUACGAGAGAAGUUUGAUGCUGCUUUGCUUGAUUUGCAAUGCUCCCUCCCAUGCCAGUACAAAGACAUUAAUGAUAAAGCCGUGAUGUUUCAAAAGAGGUUGUCGAGUGAUUAUGCAACUAUUUUGUGGUGCCUCGACAAUCUUGGCCUUAUAUGUGCAUAUGAGGCUAUUAAAAUCUGUAUAGAGGCUGCCUCUAAUGUUAAGGAAGAGUGUGAAGCUUUCUCAUCUGAGAAAGCUUCACUGCAGUAUAACUAUUUUCUUGAGGAAGUACUAUCAACAAUUCUGAAAUCAUUGCCUCAAGAUCACGAGAAGCUUCUAGGUGUUGGAUAUAAUUCUUCAGCUACUAUAUGUAGAGGCUAUAUCUCUUCAAAAGUAUGUGAGCUUUUGGAGAUAUUCAGAUCAUUUGGGAAAGAUACUAAAGUGUCGUGUCUCAUUUUUGUUGAAAGAACUAUAACAGCAAAAGUACUUGAGCAACUCAUUAAGAGAACUGCAUGCUUGUCUCAUUUUGGGGUUGCAUACAUGACGGGAAAUAACUCAUUAGUUGAUGCAUUGGCACCAAAAGCUCAGAAAGAAACCCUUGAAUCAUUCAGAGUUGGGGAGGUCAAUCUAUUAUUCUCAACUGAUGUCAUUGAGGAGGGAAUCCAUGUACCUGACUGUAAGUUUGUUGUGCGCUUUGAUCUACCAAAAACAGUUCACAGUUAUGUCCAGUCACGUGGACGAGCUUGUCAAUUGGGCUCUCAAUUUAUUGUCAUGCUUGAGAGGGGGAACAUCAGACAAAUGGAUGACUUGUUUAACCUCAUUAGGAGUGAAUUCUCAAUGAAUAAUACGGCGGUAAGCAGAGAUCCUGAUGCUUGUGUUAAAAAAUCUUGUCUUAUGAAGGAAAAAGAUACAUAUCUUAUGAAGGAAAAAAAUACAUAUGUGGUGGAGGCAACUGGAGCAUCAGUUGCUGCAGAUUCAAGUGUUAGCCUCUUACAGAGAUAUUGCGACAAACUCCCAGGAGACAAGUAUGUAUACUUGAUAUUAUCAAAUCUAUACAGACGAGAAAACUCUGUGAUUAGGGGAUGGUUUCUUGAUGUAACUUUUUGUAUCUUACUUGGAUCACUAGUGAUGCUUUUUGGCAGGAAUACUCUUUUGUCCAAACAGCUUGUGUGCUUGGAAGCAUGUAAAAAGCUGCAUCAGAUGGGGGCUCUCAGUGAUCAUCUUCUUCCUAUCAGUGAAAAGCCUUCCCAAAGUAGUUCCCACCCAAAUUGUAAAGCAUUAGCAUCAGGUGCAGGAACAACAAAGAGGAAAGAAUUGCAUGGAACCACCUGCAUUCGUGCGCUGUCUGGGACUUGGGGAGACAAGCUUGAUGGAUUUGUUUUUUACGUAUAUAAGAUAGACUUUUCUUGUAAAACUGAGCAACUUUAUUCCAGCUUUGUUCUUUUGCUCGAGUCAAAGCUAGAUGAUGAUGUAGGAAAAACUGAAGUGGACCUGUAUCUAAUCUCAAAGUUUGUCAAAUCUACUGUUUCUGCAUGUGGCCAAAUUCAUCUUGACGCAGAACAGGUGGCAAAAGCAAAAUGCUUCCAAGAAUUAUUUUUCAAUGGGUUAUUUGGUAAAUUGUUUAUCAAAUUGUCUGGAGAAAGGAAGUUCCUCUUUCAGGCACAGGAAACAUUGUGGGACCCAUCAAACAUGUAUUUGCUUUUACCCGUAGAGUUGUUAAUCAAUUGCUCUGAGCCCUGGAGAAUAAAUUGGGGAGGAAUUGAAUCUUGUGUUUCAGUGGUGGAAUUUUUCAAGAAGCAUGCUUGGAUAAGUGCUGAACGGUCUGAAAGCAACAGGAAAAACAUGUUAGUUCAUAGACCUGAUCCUGAUGGAAGUGAUGCAGAAAGCACAAAUAUCAUCCAUCUGGCAAAUACAUCAAUUUCCUUAAAUAAUCUGAAGGAUAUGGUAGUUGUGGCCAUCCAUACUGGCAGAAUUUAUUCUAUUAUGGCAGCAGUCGAUAAUACAUCAGCAGAAAGCCCUUUUGAUGCCAAUUCUGAUGCUGAACCAUCAAGUUAUUCAUCGUAUGCUGAUUAUUUCAAUAAAAAGUAUGGAAUUGUUUUAGUGCAUCCUCAGCAGCCUUUGGUGCUGCUAAAGCAAAGUCAUAGUUCACACAACCUUCUGGUGGAUUUUAGAAAUGAAGGCACUUCACGUGGAAAGAAAUUGCAUGGUGACAGUAGGAUGGCUGUUGAAAAGCCACGAUGCUAUGCUCACAUGCCACCAGAACUUCUAGCCAGCAUUGAUGUCUCACAUGAUGUCUUAAGAUCAUUUUAUUUGCUACCUUCCAUAAUGUACCGACUGGAGUCUCUGAUGUUGGCAAGCCAGCUCCGAGAAGAGAUUGCCCUGAAUUCUCAAAACAUACAUAUAGCAAGCUCGUUGAUUCUGGAGGCUCUUACAACUGUAAAAUGUAAUGAAAGCCUUUCCAUGGAACGCUUAGAGUUGCUCGGAGAUUCAGUGCUAAAAUAUGUUAUGAGUUGCUACCUCUUUCUAAAACAUCCCAAAAAACAUGAAGGACAAUUAUCUGCUCAGCGUUCAAGGGCUGUGUGUAACUCCACCCUGCAUAAAUUGGGAACUGAUUGCAAGUUGCAGAAUUAUAUACGGGACAGUCCAUUUGAACCACGUCGCUGGACUGCUCCAGGGCAGCAUUCUAUAUGGCCUAAUCAUUGUGAACAUGGGGUGGAUACAAUAGAAGUGCCUUUAGACGGAAAGUUCAUUACAGAAGACACUAAAGUAGUAGUUGGGAAGUGCUGUGAUAGAGGUCACAGAUGGAUUGGAUCAAAAACAAUAUCUGAUUGUGUUGAAGCCCUAAUAGGGGCAUACUAUGUUGGUGGGGGAUUGGGUGCUGCAAUUGGGUUGAUGAAAUGGCUUCGGAUUGAUGCUGAACUUGAGCCUGCAUUAGUUGGUGAGGCCAUUAAGGUUGCAUCUCUUCAUUCAUAUGACCCAAAAGCCAAAGACAUUGGAAUCCUGGAGAUGAAGCUUGGUUAUGAAUUCAGAGUCAAGGGGCUGUUGCUAGAGGCCAUUACACAUGCAACUGAACAAGAGCAAGAUGCUAGUUUCUGUUACCAGAGGCUGGAAUUUCUUGGCGAUUCAGUGCUGGACAUACUUAUAACUUGGCACCUUUAUCAAAAUCACUCUGACAUUGACCCUGGGGAAUUGACAGAUCUGCGUUCUGCCUCUGUGAAUAAUGAUAGUUUUGCUCUUGCUGCUGUUAGACAGAAACUUCAUCUGCAUCUUCAACAUUGCUCUGGAUUCCUUGAAGAUCAGAUUUCGGCAUAUGCUAAGUCUGUGUCUGAUCCUUGCAACAGUACAAAGUCACUCCAAGUUACAAAAGCUCCUAAGGUACUGGGGGACUUGGUGGAAAGUAUUGCUGGGGCAAUACUAAUUGACACCAAACUCAAUCUGGAUGAAGUCUGGAGGAUAUUUAAGCCGCUGCUUUCUCCUAUUGUGACCCCUGAUAAGCUUGAGCUCCCUCCACUUCGUGAACUAAUUGAGUGGUGUGAUUCUGUUGGUUACUUUCUAAAACAAAUUUGUACAACAAAGGGUGAUUUGGUGAAGGCAGAGCUUAUCUUACAGCUAGAAGAUAAUCAGUUAGUUAAAGAGGGUUGUGGACCAAAUAGAAAAAUUGCUAAGGGUCAAGCAGCUCUUCUUCUGUUGAAGGACUUAGAGGAAAGAGGAAUUCUGUCUAAAAGGCCAAAAGAAGAGAAAGAUGAUGUUUCUUGUACAUCUUUACCAAGCUCAGAUGGUAUCUGCUGUUUAAAAAAUGAAGGUACUGAUCUAAAAUUUAAUAAAAAGCAGAAGAUUAUUCAGGUGAAUCCAGGGCCAGAGAGUGGUGAUCCACAGGGCUUUGAUUCUGAUAGGCUCAAUAUACCAGUACUUCCACCAAUUGACAUGAAAAAAGGAGGGCCACGGUCCUCUCUUUUUGCUCUCUGCAAGAGACUGCAGUGGCCAAUGCCUACUUUCCAUACCACAGAGCGCAAGUCAAGAUCUCAAAUGGUAAUUGGUGAAGGCUCUGAGCAGAGAACAGGGUUUAAUAGUUUCGAAUCUGAUAUCACCUUGAUCAUACCAAACUCUGCUACUAUAGUAGUCAAAGGAGAUCAAAGAGCUGAUAAGAAGAGCUCAUUUGACUCAGCUGCCUUGACCAUGCUUUAUGAGUUACAACAACAGAAAAGGAUUGUCAUUCGUGCACAGUGAUUUUCUGUUCUGCCAAAACACUGCCAAACCGAUUUUUCUAGUAAGUAUAUACAAGCGGAGAGUCUCUUCUACUGGAUAUUGUCACUGAAAUACUAUGUAUCACAUUGAAAAUGAUGAUCUACCAAAAAUAAGAUUUAAGGAUUUGGCAGAGUUGGCCAAUAAGCAGUUUUCCAUUUUGCUUUGAAGAGUGUUUUAUAAGCACUUGAACUGGACAA